AUGGACUUGAACAAAGCAUGUCCUAAAGAAGCCUUUCCCCAACCAAACAUCGAUAGACUAGUUGACGCCGCCUCAGAACAUCAGUACCUCAGCUUCAUGGACGCAUACUCCGGGCUCAAACUAGCUGGAGGAGCUUAUGGGUCCUUGUUUAAUCAAGACAUAUAUAAGGAACCAGAUGUCGACUCGCAGACGCAGUCGCGGGCGGCAGCUGAAGCUUUGGGGAACCAAAUAAACAAUGGUAAUCACGGAAAUAAUAAUGGUGAAGAUGGUCCUAUGACGCUUGCCACAUUCCUGAAGGUUUAUCCUCUAACCUUCAGGGGAACCUCAAACCCCACCAAUGCAAACAACUGGAUACAGGCUAUAGAGCGAGCAUUACAGGGUCAACAGGUUCCUGAGGAGCAGUGGAUUGAGCUUGGAACUUAUCAGCUACAAGUCAAAAAUGCCAAGGAACUUGAGUUGAUGCAACUGAAGCAAGGCCAGAUGACUAUUACUGAGUAUACCAACAAGUUCGAAGAGUUGUGCCGAUUUUCUCGCAUUUGUCAAGGUGUUCUAGAGGAUUUUGCUAAAUGGAAGUGCAUCAAGUAUGAGGGAGGUCUUUGGAGUGAUAUUCUAAGCUCCGUUGCACCAAUAGAGAUCAGAGUAUUCUCUGAACUUGUAAAUAAGAGUAGAGUGGCUGAGGAGUGCAUGAGGAAGGCAGCAGUAGAAAAAGGGAGCAUGAGGAUGCCUUUUCAGAGGACUCAGGGGAGGAACUUGGCACCGAGGGGCAAGAACUUUAAGAGUGGGGGCUUUGUCCCUCAAAAUAAUCAGGGGCAAGGCUACUUCAGGAGGCCGACUCACAAUAAUAAUCAAGGUAGAAGAUUUGGGAAACAGCCACAGCAGAAUUUGAGCUGUCAGAGGUGCGGGAAGUAUCAUCCUGGAGCCCCGUACAGGUCAGGAUUUGGGGUAUGCUACUUUUGUGGACAACUCGGGCACCUAGCUAGGAACUGUCUAGAGAAGAAGUAUGAGACUGGUAGAGCGCAGCAGCCAGGGAGAGUGUAUACUACUUCUGCAGCAGGUGCUGAGGGAUCAGAGACACUGAUUAGAAGUAACUGUGAGAUAGUCGGUAAAGUUUUAAGUGAUUUAUUUGAUUCUGGAGCAACACAUUCAUUCAUUGCAUUUGAAAAGGCUAAUGAGUUAGGGUUGAAAAUAGUGGUCUUGGGUUAUGAUUUAAAGGUGUAUAAUGCUACCCAUGAAGCUAUGGUAACUAGGUUAGGAUGUCCACAAGUUCCGUUUUGA